CGCUAUGCAUACCACAGGUUCACAAGACAGGCGUCUUCUACAGCGCAGAAAAGUAACUCCAUGGAUAAAUAUCCACUAAGUAUCAGGAAAUGCUCCAAAGAUGAUUGCAUCUCAGCGUUUGACAAAAUUAAAAAUGAUGAAUUGAUACUACCGCAGUCUAUUGGAGAUAGAGAUACAGGGAAAAAACACAUGUCGUUUGAUUUUAUGAUGCUAAGGCAAUAUGCAAAUGAACUAGAUCAUGUGUUCUCAAAUGCAACCUUCAUGGGAAUAACUCAUAUACCCACUAAGCAGCCUCACGUUGAACACCAGACGCUGGAUUCUGCCCUGUUCCACUUCAGGGGGUUUGAAAGAGGGGAAUCGCUGUGUUUGUACCAUUCUAGUGACGGCUUCCCCUUAGUGCCAAGCCCAAGUGCAACGUAUAUACCCUCGUCGGAGAGAUUGUUCACACAUCUGGAACGUGUUAUGUCAGGUCUAACUGGACUAAGGGUAACGAGGAUACAUUGCCCAUACUUCUUUAAAAACAUUAUUGCUGUGGAAUUAAAACCACCUCACCAUGAAUUAGGGCAGAAUUUCGAUACAAGAGCCAAUGAAAGUUACAGAAUUAUGUUCAUCGCACAUCGUGGACAGAACCGCAUGGUUACUAUAGAUAACAACGAUGGUGUUAUACUGCUCACUUCAGGGGCAUACGAUGAAAAGAGCGGAAUUAAAGAUGGCGUGGGUUCUGUUUUCAAAAUAAAAAACUCGGGUAAGGUCACUCCCGAUCCCGCGGAACCGUUUGAUAACUUCAUGGAACGCUUUAAAUCCAAGGAGCACAUGAGUCUCGUAAAAGCAAUGGUGCUAACAUUCGAGGGAAUAGGAGCCCAAAGGGUCACACUGCUGGCAGAAAAGGCUGGAAUCAAUUGCACUAAGCAUGUAUCAAAAAUAGAAAAUAUAGUGGAUUUCUACAAUUGUUACAUUAGAUGGCUACGCUCACCUGAUGGUUUUAUGGAUACCAGAAACUUUAAAAGCAAUAUUGAAAUGUUCAAUGCCAGUGGCACGGUAUCAAAUGUAACGACGACAGUCAAUACAAUAGAUGACAUUCCUUCACCUGGCGCUGCAGAGCUCCAAGAUGAACCAAAAGGCCCGAUAACACUAAUUGAAUACGUAUUUUCGCAUUGGGGUUAUGACGUGCCAGUCUAUAUACAUAAUAGGUUGGCUGAAGAGGCUCGAAUGCUAAUAGACAAAACACUAGAACGCUUGGGAGCCAUUCGUGAACAGUGUAUCGGCGAUGAACAGCAGGUUGAAAGGCUUGCCAAAGUGCAGCAAAGGAUUAACUCUAUUAUGGAGUAUAGUAGGUCGCUCGAAGGUGUCAUGAAAUGGAAGCUACCAGACCAUUUCGAAUUGGUUAAGACCAUAUACCAGCAGGUGGGAGACCUAGGAGACCUAACAGGAUACCGACGUAAAUUGCGUGCAAGGCGAAAAAAAGAAAUAGAAGGCUUGUCGGAUGACGAACUGGAGUUACGCAACGUGCCACAUGCCAAACCCAAAGAACCUAACCUAUUUAAGGGAAUACUGGUCAUAAAAAUAAACCCAGGCGAUCCACAAACGCCAAUUAUUAUAAUAGGCCGCAAUGCAGCACAAAAUGAACGUGUUACACAUGAAAUUGCACGAUCGGGCGACAUAUGGUUCCACACUAAAGAUUGUCCGGGUUCCCACGUGCUACUGAGAAGAUACGGCGGCUCGAAGGACGCAAUUCAAAUAGCAGCGGAUAUCGCAACAUAUUAUUCCAAGGCUAAGAAAAUGGAACAUGCACCAGUAAUAAAAACAGGGAUCGAUAAUGUAACCAAAUGUCCAGAUGCGAAAAUUGGAGCAGUCAUCGUAAGCCACUAUGAUACCCUGGAGGGAUAUCCAACCAGAGGUGGUGAAUAUGUAAAGGCCCAUAGAAUAUCAAUGAAAUAAGGUUACACUGCUGUUAUAUUGUCCUACAAAAACACAGCCC